AUGUAUCAAGCGAGCGUAGGAGCUUUUACGAUGCAAAAGACAGAAACCGGCAAGCUAGAAUCUCCAACUGCGGAGCAGGAGCACAGGAAAUACGUGAACCUCAGCAUUAAAUGGAAUCAGUGGCUCCUAAAACCGAUGGGUGUCUGGCCACAAUUGCAUAAUACUUCAGGAAUCGAGAAAUGCUCUAAGCGUCCAAUAAACGUGAUUUGUUACGGUUUGAUAAGUUUCCUUUUUAUACCUUGUGCCUUCUACGUGGCACUGGACGUAAACGAUGUCUACAACAGAAUCAAACUGUUCGGUCCGUUGAGCUUCUGUGUGAUGGCAUACUUGAAAUACUACUCAUUGAUCGUACAUCAGAACGAUAUUCGCGAAUGCGUUCAGCGCAUCGAAUGGGACUGGAGGAACAUUAAACACACGGAAGACAAGAACAUCAUGAUAGAUAACGCGAAUUUCGGAAGACAAGUAGCGCAAAUCAGCACCUUUUUCAUGUACAGCGGUUUCGUGUUCUACUACAUCGCGAUGCCUACCAGCACCGGAAAGAUCACGGCAGAGGACGAAAAUCUGACAUUUGUUCCAAUGGUGUUUCCUUUCUCGAGAUGCAUAGCCGACACCCGGUACAGUCCCGUCAACGAAAUCUUUUUUUCGAUUCAAUUUCUAGGGGGUGCCGUGAUUCACGGACUAGCGGCCGCAGGAUGCAGCCUCGUUGCUGUUUUUGCGGUACACGCUUGUGGACAGAUGAAAGUUUUGAUGUGCUGGCUGGGUCAUUUGAUAGACGGCCGAGCUGAUAUGUGUAAAACUAUGGAUGGCAGAAUCGCAAGCAUCGUAAAUCAACACGUUCGAAUACUGAAAUUUUUAGCGCUUACAGAGAAAGCGCUGCAACAAAUAUCUCUCGUGGAAUUCGCCGGAUGUACAUUGAAUUUAUGUCUUCUUGGAUAUUAUAUUAUCAUGGAAUGGGACUGGGACGAAUUAACUUCUGCUGCGACGUAUUUUAUCAUACUAAUGUCCUUUCUGUUCAAUAUCUUCAUAUUUUGUUACAUAGGCGAGCUUGUCGCGGAACUGUGUAAACAGGUUGGCGAAAUGUCUUACAUGGUUGAAUGGUACCGAUUAAAAGGAAACAGAAAACUUAGCGUGGUUUUGAUGAUUGCAAUGUCAAAUUUGUCGACGAAACUUACUGCAGGAAAUAUGGUUAGCCUAUCCCUCAACACAUUCAGCGAUUAUCAAGCGAGCGUUCGAGCUUUCACGAUGCAAGCACCAGAAAAGACUGUACCAAAGUCUCAGGCAACGGACCGCGAGUACGAACAGUACGUGAAUCUAAGCAUUCGAUGGAAUCGAUACCUUUUAAAAUCGAUGGGUGUCUGGCCAAAUUCGCGCGACACUUCAAGAACGGAAAAAUGCAUCAAACUGCAGAUAAAUAUCGUUUGUUAUGGUUUAAUAAGUUGCCUUUUUAUACCUUAUGCCGUUUACGGUAUACUGGAAGUGGAGGAUAUCUACACUAGACUGAGGCUGUUGGGUCCAAUGUGCUUUUUUCUAAUGGGGUACUUGAAAUAUUAUUCUCUGAUCUCUCACGGGAAUGGCAUUCGCGAGUGCAUUGAACGCAUCAAAUGGGACUGGAGGAAUAUCGAGCAUUUCGAAGAUAGACGCAUCAUGGUGGACAAUGCAAGUUUCGGAAGGCAAUUAAUGAAAAUCUGUAUGCUCUUCGUGUACGGCGGUUUCAUUUUCUACUAUAUCGCAGUGCCUAUUAGAAUCGGGAAGAUUACAGACGAGACCGAAAAUUUGACUUUCAUUCCGAUGUUAUUUCCCUUCUCGAGAUACAUUGUCGAUGCUCGGUAUAGUCCUGCCAACGAGAUCCUCUUUUCGAUUCAGUUUUUAGGAGGGGCCCUGAUUCAUGGAAUCGCGGCGACCGGAUGCAGCCUGGCCGCUGUUUUCACGAUUCAUGCUUGCGGACAAAUGAAAAUUUUGAUGUGCUGGAUGGGCUAUUUGGUUGACGGCCGAGCAGAUAUGUGCAAAACCGUGGAUGGUAGAAUAGCGAAUGUCGUCAGCCAACAUGUUCGUGUACUGAAGUUUUUAUCGGUUACAGAGAAAGUGCUGCAACAAAUAUCGUUCAUUGAAUUUACGGGAUGCACGACGAAUUUAUGUCUUCUUGGGUAUUAUAUUCUUAUGGAAUGGGAUUCGAACGAUCUAACUGUUUCCGCGACGUACUUCAUCAUACUCAUGUCUUUUCUCUUCAAUAUCUUCAUAUUUUGUUAUAUAGGCGAACUCGUCAUGGAACUGAGCAGACAGGUUGGCGAGAUGUCGUACAUGAUUGAUUGGUACCGAUUAGUAGGAAGUAGAAGGCUCAGCUUCGUUUUGAUAAUAGCUAUGUCAAAUUCAUCGAUUAAUCUUACCGCUGGAAACAUAGUCAUUCUGUCUCUCAGCACUUUCGGCGAUGUUGUUAAAACAUCCGUCGCUUUCUUGAAUAUGUUGCGAGCUGUGACGUGA